CACCUGCGUACCUGAUGAUGUCACAGGUCAGGCUAACGUCACCAGGCUGGAUCAGCUGCUCCACGAUCAAAAAAGAAUUAAAUAAAAUUACAUAUAAACGUCACUCUGUGUGUUGUCAUUGAAUAAAUAAUACAGCAAAAAUAUUUUCAUUAACCACUUCACCUGUACUAUAGCAAGAGUGCGCCUAUAUAAAGAGCCACCAGCGGGAAAUGAUCGCGGGACUAGUUUGUGGUAUCAGUGGUUGAACUGGUCAGAAGGAAAGGAAAAGAGAAAGAAGGCCAAAAUGGAUCGGGUGGUUGUCGCAGUUGCUGCCGGCAUUCUAUUCCUUCAGGCUGAAACUGAAGCAGCGCAACUGAGAAGACGAAUCCGGGAGAGAAGAGCCAGGAUGAAGAUGAGGGAGAGGAGACGUGCCCUGAUGGCGUGCCUACUGCACCGGGGGAAGUGCGCAGCAAGACCAUAUGCACAAAUUGAUUACAGUAUCCCCAUCCUGUCAAUCUACUUCACUGGAGCUGACCUGAAACCAGCCUUCAGACUGACGAGAGCAAGCGUCAACAUGCUGUUGCAAAUGCUCCCCCGGGAGAAACAACACGGAUGGGACCACGAAAUUGAGGUGCUAGUGACCAUUUACUGGCUGGCCUGCGGAGCCUCAUAUCGGGUGACAGCAGACAUCUUUGGCAUGCCGGCGGCAACAGUGUGCAGGAUUGUCCACAAUGUCAUAGAGGACAUGAUGGGAAUCCUGCAUCAGGUCAUUCACUUCCCAAAGGCAGAAGAGAUGGAGGAGGUGGGGGCAGGCUUUGCACGCCUUGCUGGCAAUGAGGCAUUCCGUUGCACAGCUGGUGCAAUUGAUGGGUGCCACAUCCGCAUUCUCCCACCUAGGGAACCACAUAGGAGGUCAUACCUCAAUAGGAAACUGUUUCCCUCUAUCGUGCUGCAGGGCAUCUGUGACUCCAGAGGUGCGUUCCUGGAUGUGUACAUUGGACAUUGCGGAUCUGUGCAUGAUGCACUGGUAUUGCGGAGAUCCCCAAUGUACAAACAGGCCCUGUAUCCACCAGCAGGCUACUUCCUCCUGGGAGAUGGAGGAUACCCUUGCCUUAGGCACCCAGUGGCAAUAAUGACCCCAUAUCGCCAGCCUGUGUCAACUCCAGUUGAAGAAAGGUUCAAUCGGCACCACGCCAAGGCCAGGAACAUCAUAGAGCGUACUUUUGGCAUCCUGAAAACACGCUGGCGCUCCAUUUUCUUGCGAGCCCUUGUGAUCCGGCCUGUGUUUGCCCCCAAAGUUGUGGGAGCCUGCUGCAUCCUCCACAACAUCUGUGUGGCAACAGAUGACGUCUGCCAAGACGAAGGAGAUGAGGAGGCAGCACAAGAAGGACCAGAAGCCAAAACAGAAGGCACAGGCGUGGGCAGGGAGCUCUCAGGAGCCUGCAUCCGAGCCAGGCUUGCUGCACAACUGUCUGCUCCUGAACGGCUGCCUGCAUGUCUGUUUGAACAUGACUACAUCUAGAAAUAAAGGUGCCAUGUGUGAGAUGUAGUCAUGCUCAAACAGAUAUGUAGGCAGCUACGGCCAAAGGCAAAAGCCCCCGGUUGGUAAAACCAAAAGGGAGUACAUGCAAAUGAUAGUGUACCUCCAAAUCAGUGUGUCACUUAAGUUAAUUAUGUAAUAUACACCUUUAUUUGUACAGCUUGUCAAUAGUGUACAUUUGU